UGGUGCAGCUAAAGUUAGCCCCAUUGAGUUAGUAUAUAAGGCAAGGGGCCAACACAAACAUGUCAGUCACAUCGACUUGGCAUAGACUUCUCAUCUUGACCAACCAAAACCCCCACAAACUCUAAAGAGAUGGCACCCAAGAAAGCCAAGAAGAGACAGCAGCAGGGAGAGGGUGGAUCCUCCAAUGUGUUCUCCAUGUUUGAGCAGAGCCAGAUUCAGGAGUACAAGGAGGCUUUCACAAUCAUUGAUCAGAACAGAGAUGGAAUCAUCAGCAAGGAUGAUCUUAGGGACGUGCUGGCCACUAUGGGUCAACUGAACGUGAAGAAUGAGGAGCUGGAAGCCAUGAUCAAGGAGGCCAGCGGCCCCAUCAACUUCACCGUCUUCCUCACCAUGUUCGGAGAGAAGCUGAAGGGUGCUGAUCCCGAGGAUGUUAUCGUGAGUGCUUUCAAGGUCCUGGACCCCGAGGCUACCGGCUUCAUCAAGAAGGAAUUCAUUGAGGAGCUCCUGACCACCCAGUGCGACAGGUUCACCGCUGAGGAGAUGUCCAACCUGUGGGCUGCCUUUCCCCCAGAUGUGGCUGGCAACGUUGACUAUAAACAGAUCUGCUAUGUCAUCACACACGGAGAGGAGAAGGAGGAUGAGUAAAAUCCACUUUUUCAAUCCCUCUGCCUCUCUCCGUCAUCCCCCUCACUACCCCCCUUCUCCAACUCUGUGGCCCGCUUACACGCUCCCCUCGCUCUUCUUUCCAUCUCCACCUCUCCUUUAUCGAGAGACUUUGAGUUGAGAGGGUUGAAGGCUAAUGGAGGUGUGCUGUGUGAGAGUAUCAACAGUGGGAUUAUUUGAAAAUAAAAUUUUGUACCAUCAAAACUAUUCCUCUCUAUCUCCCUCCCUGCCUCCGAUUCCUUCUCUUCUUCCCCAUUCCUCACUUAUAUCUCUCCCUGUCGAAUCGAACAGUGCAUGCAUCAUACCUACAUCAUGUAUGCCUAUAGAGUUCAGUAUCUACAGACAAACACUUACUCUUGGGUGCUGUGGUGUAUGCUCUAUUGUUUAUCUGAAACAAGUAGCAUAUUGACCCUGCAAGGUCUGUUUUGUCUCGACUUGAUGUGAAGUAAUAAUGUACUGGAAAAAGGGAAAGCUUUAAAAGGGACUAGUACUGCACUAAAAUAGCUUGCCUACUCCUCUCAAUUUCUCUUUCUCAUCAAUAGAGACAAACGGAAGGGCGUUUGAAUAAGAGUAAAGCAUGAUUUAGCAGUAGGUGCAUUGUAAGAGAGAGAAAGGGAGACAAAAUAAAUUCUCAACAUUUUCUGUCAGAAAUCUCUGUAACAAAUAAAACAAUGAUUUAGAAAUAAAAACCAAUGUCUUUCG